CUGGGUGUUAAAGCGUCGCGGCUAUGGUGACCUUGAUUAUUUACAUAAACUGAAAAUAACAAAAAAGAAGUCUCUUUUUCUUUCGGAAGACGCGUGUUUCUGUUUUCAAAAUGAAGGCCGUGGUGAUUAAGGAGUUUUAUGAGAGCUGUGACCAAGUGACCGUCUCGGAAUUGCCGACACCAGAGUCUGGGAGCCAGGAUAUCCUUAUUAAGGUUAUUGCUACCGGCGUCAACUUUGUCGACACACUCUAUGCACGAGGAAAACACCAAAAUAACCAAAGGCUAGUUCGCCCACCGUUUGUCCUCGGCCUUGAGUUCUCGGGUAUCGUGGUAUCUUCACCGGAAGACUCGCCAUUCCAGCCUGGAGAUGCAGUAUUUGGUGACCAUCCAGGGUCUUAUACUGAAUUUAUUUCUGUCUCAGCACAAUCACAAUCACUGCGCAGAGUCCCUCUAGGUUGGAAGGCUGCCGAUGCUGCAGGCCUAGCAGCAACAUUGCCAGUCUCGUAUGGCGCCCUUGUACAUGCUGGGCAAUUGAAGCCUGGGGAGACGGUUCUCGUUCACGCGGCUGCUGGCGGUCUCGGAAUAAUGGCUGUUCAAAUUGCCGUGGCAAUGGGCUGUCGAGUCAUUGGAACAGCCGGAUCAGCAGAAAAGUGCCAGUAUGUAAGGCGCUAUGGUGCCGCAGAGUGCUUCGACUAUACACAGGACUUUUGGUGGGACCGCGUUUUGAAGUCGACAGAUGGCAAGGGAGUCAAUGUCGUCUUCGAUCCCGUUGGCGAAGUCAAAUCCAGUUUGAGAUGCACAGCAGACAGAGGCAGAAUCCUGGUCAUUGGAUUUGCAGGCACAGAGGGUCAGAUUGAGCGUGUACCUACCAACAGGCUGCUUUUGAAGCAGGUCUCUUUGAUUGGAUACCGCUUUGGCGAAACUCUCAGACGAUACCCGGAGGAGCGAGAACAGAUUUGGGACGGCCUCUCCAAGAUGCUACAAGACGGCAAGAUCAAGCCAACAGUCACGAGAUACUACGACAGUCUACAAUCUGUACCGCAAGCUUUAGCCGACAUCUCAGCACGUAGGGUAUUGGGAAAGGCUGUCGUCAUGGUCGGAGGCUCAGAAGAGGAUAGGCGGUCGUCCAAGUUGUAAAUAUUGUAUUUGGUAAAACUGAAACUGUAUAUCAUUUCUUUAACGCUAUAUAAUGCCCAGGAUAGCACCCACUUUCCACUGUUUCUCUGUUGUAGCACUCUGAGUGGCUUAUAGAGCACAGAAGUCCAAUUCUCAAGACCAUGUCGCGGAUUUUCAACGGAGUUAAAUGCGACUAAUGCAGUAUAACAUCUCCUCGUCUACCUCGUUCUGGUUUUGAUGGAGUAGCUGUGACGCUCGAGAUGCGCAGAACCGUGCCAAUCCUACAUGAAUAGUUAUAUGAAAACAAAAGAAACAUGAACGACACCGACUAAAUUUUUCGUCAAUCUAUAGUCUACCCCCAAUUCUUUAUCAUGCAAAAUCUUCACAUAACACGAGCACCCCAAAUGCCUCGCCCGGCGCUGACACCAAGCCACUCGCCAUAGUCUUGGCCCGCCAUCAGAUGAGGAGCCCAUCCCAGGUUUCCGACUUCAUACUCGCAUUCCCAAGAUGCAACUGGGUGUCGGUAGUUGUCCUGCUGAGAGCCACCGUUGACUGGGGGAGCAGGUGUGGAGUUGAGCAGAUCCCAGAUCAGAACCUGGCAAUCAUCGCCUCCAGAUGCCAAGGUGCCUCGUCUCAAUGGUGACCACUCAAGACAGUUAAUAGCGCCUGUAUGACCACGUAGUUCAAUCAAGGCUUGACCAGGCUGGCGGACAUCAAGAACGCGGAUAAUGUUGGAAUCCUGAGCGAAAGUAGCGAGGAGAUGUGUAUCGUGCGGGGAUGUCGCAAGUCGGAGCAAUGGUGGUGCGCUAGACAUGGUUUGUUGAGCUGUCGUUGGGCUAACGCGGCCUGGUCCGUCCACUAUUAAAUUCAGUUAGCCGUCUUGCUAUGUAAUCAGAUUGAAUGAUCGUUGGCUACUAACCUCUGUCAUCCUUGGAAGUCGGUUCGUAAAUAAUAGUAGAAUGUUCCAGGCUACGCAGAUCAAACAUACGGACACUGCCAUCUUGGCCACAGCUGACGAAGACAUCUACGCUGUUUGCACAGAAUCGAACAUCAUACACUUCUUUGUCGUGAGCAAUGAGCUGAGUCUUCGCCGUCAAGGAUGGAAUAUCCCAAAUGGUGCAGGUAGUAUCGAUGCUUGAUGUGAUGAUGAGACUGGGGGACACAGUGUUCCAGUCUAGCGAGGUCAGUGGUGCGGUGUGAUCUGGGGUCUUGGAGUUUGACAGCAGAGCCAGCGGUGUCAGCUUUGUCGUUGUGGCUUCUCGCCCACUUCGAGUAAUAGUGCUGCCCGGUGUAGGCGGUGCAGUUUCGGUAGGAAGUGACCACAGACGCAAAUGGUCUCCCGACGUUGCCAGCAAAUCUGUUGACUGUUUCUGCGAUGAAGGUGGUUCCCAGAGCAGUCUGGUUACCGGAUACGAGUGUGUAGCUUCGGCGAUUUUUGUGAAUUCGAGUGAGUACUUGGAUGUACCUGGAGUGUAAACGUCCUGCGGUGUAGGAACAACGUUGGAAUCGAGAAUUUGAAUCUAAAACAAAUCAGUAUGAGCGACAACAUUGAUCUUAUGGCCGAAUCAGCUUACAAAGUUGUGACCGUCCUCCAAGUAGCUGCCAACAGCUAUCUUGCCUGCACCAUUGUUCUGCGGGCGCCAUUUGCACCAAUCGAAGGCGUAGAUAGCCCAGGGUGCCAUGUAGUUGCUGGGUCCAGGCUGAGAAUUGGACAUGUCGAUGCCCGAUGCUCCAGGAGAGUCUGACAUGCUUGAAUCAGCUCUGGGGCGAAUGUCGGCUAAGCCAAGAGGAGUAUUGGAGAUGUUUCGCUGCGAGCCUGGAGCACCGUACUUCAACAUGUCUGAAGGCGAGCCAAAUUGCGAACCGGAGCCGCCAGGUGUCGUUGGAGUAUAUGCAUGAUACGCCGUCUGCGGUGCGUCGUAGUUGGCCGCCGGACUGGAGCGGGAGUAGUUAUGGGUCAUGUUCAUCGGAGACUUGCCUUGCGCCUGGUAGUCUUGCAUGCCGUGGACGCCGGGGAUGGGCCCCGCCGAGUUUGGAGGCAUGUGAGGGCCGCGGGAAGAGGAACCACCAGGCGUGAGGACGUUGGGAACCGAUGAUGUCCCAGAGAGCGGUGCAGAGGGAACGGUGUCCAACUUGAUCUGAGGGGGGUAGUCGCGCGGGGACAUUUGGCUAUGCGGGCUAACUCCCGACAUGUGUAGCUCGUCCUGAGGUCCUCCGUACUGGCCGGCACCGCCUGAAGGUCUCGGCUGUUGUGAUUGACUCAUGAUGGCGGCGAGGUCGAAGGACAAAAAGGUCGGCGCGUAUUUCGAGCGGUCGUUGUGUUUUUGCUUGCAGCGUCUCGGGUCAGCAGAGCACUGCGCCAAUGCUGGCGGCCGAAAUCAAAGGCGCAGAGGACCCCUUCACAGCGAUUGCUGAUUGUGCAGAGCGUGGAUGGCAACGGGGGAAGCCGAGUCGUGCUGGCGAGGUCGAGUGUUGACAAACGUGAAAGAGGUUGGCGGAGCUCUUCUUUUGGUGGAGGUGAGGAGAGGCGGCGUGGAGGGGGAGGUGACAGCCAGCCAAUGCGGACACCGUCAAUG